AUGGACUUCGAGAACUUCAACGGCGUACCAGCUUUGACAGCUAUGAUGAAUGAACAGCUUUUCCGGCGAAGUGAUCCCGUAGAUUCCGAGAACAGGUUCUGCCCGAGCCAUGUUGCUCCUCUACAGUUCCAGCAGCCGCGGAGCGAAAGCUUGAAAAGCCCAAGUUUGUCCUUUGAGAGAGCGGACAGAAUAGGCAAGAAUGCAACGAUGAACAUUGAUCUCGCCCAGACUGACGCUAGCUUGUCGAGCGAUGAGUUUGAGAGGGAUGCACUCGUUACGAAAAUGUGCGAGUCUCUUCUAGAGUCGGAUGCACCUGUUGACACGAAGCCAUAUCCAUCGGAAACCUCAUCGACGGAGCAAGUGAAUCCACAGGGAUACCGUGAUGUUGUUCGGAAUUACGUGUGCGCGCAGAUUGCAAUAUACGCUCUUUUCCCGACCCUGUACCGUAUCGAGUGGUUGCCCCGGCAAGGUGAACGUGCCGUGUUCUUCACCAUCGAUCCUCCCAACGCAAAGGGAUGGAUAGACAUAAAUGAUUCCCAUGACCCCUACCCCCCGUCGAUGUGGGCCGAGUUCAGCAACUUCCUCUACGAUACGUUCUUGCGCUCCUCUGCUCCGAAUGGAAUUGGCGGUGGCCGGUAUGGCUUGGCCAAGUAUUUGAAACAGCUGGACCUGCCCUUUUUCAAAGGGUUUUCGCUAGGUCAAUUGUGCCACGUGGUUCAGCUUGCAAUUUCUUCCAAGUUCCUGCUGGCAUACGAAGAUAAUGUCCUCAAACCAGUCACAGCCUGCGCCGUUUUUGCCAAUGCUCUGCUAGGCCUUCCGGAUGCAAAGCGACGUGGAAAGAAGUGCAUAACAGACAUAAGGGAGAUUCAAGUCUGCAUUGAGUACUUGCUUCAGCGGCAUCCCACAGGUUUCACUUUGUCGACUCUUAAGCGCAAACUGAAAGACCUGUAG